GGCCCGGCCCCGGGGGCGCGGCCGCCCGGGCCUCCGUGUGCCCCAGGGGGCUCCGGGCCGCGAGCCGCUGCCGAAUGGCUUUUGACAAAAAAACCCUUGACCACCAAGGCCAGCCUCUUCCUGAAAGCCCCGCUCGCUCCGAUACAGGAAGUAGAAGGGAGCGAGCGCCCCAGAGCGCGGCGGCAGCGGCGGCCUGGCCCUUCCAGAGGGCGAGAGCCAGGGACAUGCGGGCGCCCGGGACUCCGCGUUCCGCGCGGCCCGGCGCCUGAGCGCCUCCGUUCCCCGUCCCGGAGCUGCCGGCGGCAUGAUCCGACACGCCGGGGCGCCCGCGCGCGGGGACCCCACGGGUCCGGUUCCAGUUGUUGGCAAAGGAGAGGAAGAGGAAGAGGAAGAUGGCAUGCGGCUUUGUCUGCCAGCCAACCCGAAGAACUGCCUUCCUCGCCGCCGGGGCAUCAGCAUCCUGGAGAAGCUCAUCAAAACAUGCCCGGUGUGGCUGCAGCUGAGUCUGGGCCAGGCAGAGGUGGCCAGGAUCCUGCACCGGGUGGUGGCCGGGAUGUUCCUGGUCCGCCGGGACAGCAGCUCGAAGCAGCUGGUGCUCUGUGUCCACUUUCCUUCUCUGAACGAAAGCUCGGCCGAGGUGCUCGAAUACACCAUUAAGGAAGAAAAGUCGAUAUUGUACCUGGAAGGCUCGGCUCUUGUGUUUGAGGACAUCUUCAGACUGAUUGCAUUCUACUGUGUCAGUAGAGACUUACUGCCCUUCACACUGCGGCUACCCCAGGCCAUCCUUGAGGCCAGCAGCUUCACGGACCUUGAGACCAUCGCCAACCUGGGUCUGGGUUUCUGGGACUCCUCGCUGAAUCCUCCACAAGAAAGAGGGAAGCCAGCAGAGCCCCCAAGAGACCGGGCCCCCGGAUUCCCCCUAGUCUCCAGCCUCAGGCCCACAGCCCAUGACGCAAACUGUGCCUGUGAAAUCGAGCUGUCGGUAGGAAAUGACCGCCUGUGGUUUGUGAAUCCUAUUUUCAUCGAGGACUGCAGCAGCACCCUGCCCACCGACCAGCCACCUCUUGGAAAUUGCCCUGCACGCCCUUUGCCGCCCACCUCUGAUGCUACCUCACCCACCUCCAGGUGGGCCCCACGCCGCCCACCACCCCCUCCCCCAGUGCUGCCCCUGCAGCCCUGCAGCCCAGCCCAGCCCCCUCUGCUCCCUGCUCUUGCCCCCGCCCCUGCCUGUCCUUUGCCCACCUCUCCCCCAGUGCCUGCCCCCCACGUCACACCCCAUGCCCCAGGUCCCCCAGACCAUCCGAACCAGCCGCCCAUGACGACCUGCGAGAGACUCCCAUGCCCCACUGCAGGCCUGGGCCCCCUCAGGGAGGAAGCGAUGAAGCCAGGGGCAGCCUCCAGUCCCUUGCAGCAGGCCCCCGCCCCGCCACUGCCUGCGAAGAAGAACCUUCCCACUGCCCCUCCCAGACGCCGCGUUUCCGAGAGGGUGUCCUUAGAAGACCAAAGUCCAGGGAUGGCGGCAGAGGGGGACCAGCUCAGCCUGCCUCCCCAAGGGACCUCAGACGGCCCUGAGGACACACCCCGGGAGAGCACGGAGCAAGGCCAGGACACAGAGGUGAAAGCCAGCGAUCCCGACAGCAUGCCGGAGCUGCCCAGGACGGCCAAACAACCCCCAGUCCCGCCCCCCAGGAAAAAACGGAUCUCUCGACAACUGGCCUCGACCCUCCCAGCUCCCUUAGAGAACGCUGAGCUCUGCACACAGACUUUGGCCUUGGAGACACCCACGCCGGGUCCACCCAGAGAGGGCCAAAGCCCUGCUUCUCAGGCUGGGAAUCAGCACCCUCCUGCCCAGGCCACUGCCCAUUCCCAGAGCUCUCCAGAGUUCAAGGGCUCCCUGGCCUCCCUCUCAGACAGCUUGGGGGUGUCUGUCAUGGCCACCGACCAGGACUCCUACUCCACCAGCAGCACGGAGGAGGAGCUGGAGCAGUUCAGCAGCCCCAGCGUGAAGAAGAAGCCCUCCAUGAUCCUGGGCAAGGCUCGGCACCGGCUGAGCUUCGCCAGUUUCAGCAGCAUGUUCCACGCUUUCCUCUCCAACAACCGCAAGCUGUACAAGAAGGUGGUGGAGCUGGCGCAGGACAAGGCCUCGUACUUUGGCAGCCUGGUGCAGGACUACAAGGUGUACAGCCUGGAGAUGAUGGCGCGCCAGACCUCCAGCACGGAGAUGCUGCAGGAGAUUCGCACCAUGAUGACCCAGCUCAAGAGCUACCUGCUGCAGAGCACCGAGCUCAAGGCCCUGGUGGACCCUGCCCUGCACUCCGAGGAGGAGCUCGGUCAGUGCCCUGGGAGGAGGUGGCAGGGAAGAGAGGGCGGUGGGGCUCACAGACUCAGGAACCCCUUAGGACAAAAGAGGCCUAUGCAGUGGACGCUGUUGGUGCCCACCCCCCAUCCCUUCCUGGGCACCAGGAACUUUCUCUGGCUGCUGCAAGAAGCAAUUGUAGAGUCUGCCUUGUACAAAUGUGUCCUGAAGCCCCUGAAGGAAGCCAUCAACUCAUGCCUGCAUGAGAUCCACAGCAAGGAUGGUUCGCUGCAGCAGCUCAAGGAGAACCAGUUAGUGAUCCUGGCCACCACCACCACUGACCUAGGUGUGACCACCAGCGUGCCGGAGGUGCCCAUGAUGGAGAAGAUCCUGCAGAAGUUCACCAGCAUGCACAAGGCCUACUCACCUGAGAAGAAGAUCUCCAUCCUGCUCAAGACCUGCAAACUCAUCUACGACUCCAUGGCCCUCGGCAACCCAGGGAAGCCCUAUGGGGCGGAUGACUUCCUGCCUGUGCUCAUGUAUGUGCUGGCCCGCAGCAACCUCACGGAGAUGCUUCUCGAUGUGGAGUACAUGAUGGAGCUCAUGGACCCCGCCCUGCAGCUGGGGGAGGGUUCCUACUAUCUGACCACCACCUACGGGGCCCUGGAGCACAUCAAGAGCUAUGACAAGAUCACGGUGACCCGGCAGCUGAGUGUGGAGGUGCAGGACUCCAUCCACCGCUGGGAGCGCCGGCGUACGCUCAACAAGGCCCGGGCCUCCCGCUCCUCCGUACAGGACUUCAUCUGCGUGUCCUACCUGGAGCCCGAGCAGCAGGCGCGGACACUGGCGUCGCGGGCGGACACCCAGGCCCAGGCGCUGUGCGCGCAGUGCGCGGAGAAGUUCGCGGUGGAGAGGCCGCAGGCGCACCGGCUGUUCGUGCUGGUGGACGGGCGCUGCUUCCAGCUGGCGGACGACGCGCUGCCGCACCGCAUCAAGGGCUACCUGCUGCGCAUCGAGCCCAAGCGCGACUUCCACUUCGUCUACCGGCCCCUGGACGGUGGCGGCGGCGGCGGGAGCCCACCCUGCCUGGUGGUGCGGGAGCCCAACUUCCUGUGAGGCCCUCCCGGGGCGCCUCCCCUCACCCCCAGGCGCACAUCUGGCCCCGCCUCUGGCUGCGCACUCCCGACCGCGACGUCCGCGCAGCAGAGGGACAUGGGCCAUUCCAUGACGUGCCCAGGCCACCGUCGCAGGACAGUUGUGAAAUAACAUGACGCUCGUCCAAGGCCACUUCCUGAGGGCAAGUCCUAAUAGCACUGAGACACCGAGACGGCAUGUUCUUCAUUAGACGGAAAGGGAAACUGAGGCUCAGAGAGGAGAGAGGCGCUCCAGGCCGCUGCAGCCAACAAACCGGCACCCUCUUCACACGUAGCUCCUCAGGCCAUUCCCCAUGAGUCCCCCACACCCACCCCAUCCUCGGUCUUUGCAAAGAAGGGCCCGAGCUUAGUUUCCCCAGGACUGGCCGAGGAAGGAGCACCGGCCACAGCUCCUCCCCGUGCCACUCAGGGUGGACCCAGCAUCUCAGGAGCACCUCAGGGUGUGGGUUAAGAGACAGGCCUCCACCCCUGCACCAGAGCCUGCUCUUAGCUCCCGGUGCCCCCAGACCCCGCAGCUCUGUGCCCGGCAAGAAGCAGCUAGAUACACGCCAGGGCGCCAAGCAGGGCCAGCUCCACGGACCCAUGGACAAGCCCAGCCCCGCCUCAGGGAAAACAGGGCCUUUUCCUACAGGACACGCCCCAGAGCUGUGGCAGAUUGCAGGAGCCAUCGUGUGGGGAUAAUUUAAUAAAAGCCCUUUUGAAAAUGA